AUGGCAAUCAUCCAGCACCAAGACGGAAGUCCUUUCCCGGCCGAAAAAUGCCUUUUCCCCAUCCGCAACGAUGGACACCUGCCUGGAGACAUAGCAACGAAGCCAUGGGGCGUUACAAACCUGUGCUCCUGUGCGCUGAAACAGGCAGGGAUUUUUUAUUCGUCUCCCUGCUCCCCGUGCUGUUUGAAUAGCGUCCCGACCUCGAAACAGCGGGACCCUCUCUUCUACCUAGCGACGAUCUGGGCCCUGCUUCUUUGGGAAUAUGCCGAGGUCGACACGGCGCACGUUGGGAUACAGGAGAUAUCAUUCUGCACAGACGAACGAGGGCUGAAGAAGCAUAUGAAGCUGUUGGCGGCCUCGAGAAGCCAAAACACCACGCUAUACCAGUUGUGCAAAGGAAAGGGAUGGUCUCUUUCCAACGGGACCCCCGAUCAUUUCCCCUACUUCAACACCGGAAUUGUGUUAUAUCACGGCAGCAGCAGGCCCGACACACCAGAGUCGGAUUCCCCGACGGCAGAAAACGACGAAGAGACGUGUGACGUUAUGCUUGUCGUUGAUACGGCUCAAUCAGAGUGGUAUUUGAGGUAUAAGACUGCUGUUGUGUCCAGCGGGCAAGCAGGGCAUCUCGCAUCCUUCUUGGUGGAGGCUGUGAGGACGGUGAUGAAACUGGAGGACUCGGACAGGACCAGCCCACUACAACUGUCGGUCACCGUCCCUACUCAGCAGGGCCUGAUCAGAAAGUGGAAUAGAGCAGAACCCGUUCAGCUAUCUGCUGCGACCAUCCACCAAAUUAUCCAUAAUGUCGCCAUGGCCGACCCAGGCCACCCUGCUCUUGUCGCAUCUGACGGAGAACUCACCUACGGCCAACUAGACAAUCUGUCCUCGCGCCUAGCAAGACAUCUCCAAGCAGAAGGGGUGCGACCAGGCAUGUUAAUUCCAGUAUGCUUUAGCAAGACUUUGUGGGCCGUUGUUGCCAUGCUUGCGAUCAACAAGACCGGCGCUGCUUUUGUCACUCUGGAUGCAUCCCAACCGCCCGCUCGCCUGCGGUCAAUCAUGAAGCAGCUGGACAAUCCCCCCCUAGCGCUAGCCUCGCCCGAUUACCAGGCUCUCCUGGGCGAAAUGAUUACCCCUAGCCUGGCGGUGGCUGACGGCAUUCUGUGGCAUCUCCCGAUGAAGACAGCAAAUCAUAAUACCAAUGACUGGCCCGUUGAGGCAACAGCUCCGGCGUAUUGCUUCUUUACUUCGGGCAGUACAGGUGAGCCCAAGGGAUGCUUGGUCGACCAUGCGGCUCUCGCCAGCGUCGCGACCCACUGCCAUGCGCUGCAUCUCGAUUCCACCAGUCGUGUACUGCAAUUUGCUUCAUUCAGCUUUGGAGUGUCGCUCAUUGAGAUCUGGUGUGCUCUCUCCGCAGGUGGAACCGUCUGUAUGCCUUCUGAUUCCGAUCGUGUCAGUCGCUUGGGUGAUGCCAUCCAGACAAUGGGGAUCAACUGGGCUUUUGUUACCCCCACAGUGUUGGCAACCCUAGAUCCAGACAUGGUCCCCGGCCUGCGUCGCAUUUUAGUGGCUGGAGAGGCGUUGAAGAAGACUCAAAUCUCAAUAUGGGCCAGUCGCACAAGUCUGUUCCAAGCAUAUGGGUUGACAGAAUGGGCCGGCGUCUGCUGCGUGUCACCACAGAUCCACACGAUUGCAGAUAUCGGCAUUAUCGGACACCCGGCAAAUGCCCGUUGCUGGCUGAUUAAACCUGGAGAGCCAGAAAUUCUGGCUCCAAUUGGAGCAGUUGGCGAAAUACUGGUUGAAGGUCCCAGCCUGGCUCAACGAUACCUCCACAGCCCGGAGAAAUCUGCUGCGAGUUUCUUGCCAGCUCCAACCUGGCGAAAGCAAGGAAUCCUAGCUACGCUGGGUGGAAAGGACAAUGACCAGGAUGACUCAAGAAGGUGGUACCGGACCGGUGAUUUGGCCUUUUACGAUUCGAACGGCCUACUGAGAUAUGUCAGCCGAAAGGAUCGCCAGGUCAAGGUCCGAGGACAGCGAAUUGACUUAGGAGAGCCCGAGUACUAUGUCGCACAGGCAUCGCCGCUUUUUCGUAAGGCUGUUAUUGAUGCCAUUGUGCCUGCUGAUGGUGACGGGAUGGCUAGUCUUAUGGCUUUUGUGCCCGCGCCCUCAGAUGCAGGAUCCUCCAUGAAUGGUGCUCUUCGUAAUAGCGAGGCUUUCUUUAUGGACCCGAACGAAGACUUUGUCGCCUCUGUCCAUCAGGCCAUUGAGUAUCUGGAGCAGAGACUCCCUGAUGCGAUGAUUCCACGCAUCUUCCUUCUGAUACGGUCCAUGCCUCUGACCGUCACAGGAAAAGUCGAUCGUCUUCGAUUACGACAGGAAGCUCAAACUUUGCGACAAGAGGCGCUGCUGCGAUUGACGGGCACAUUAAGGCCAUCAGACAUCACUAGUCCACCAAAAACGACGCAUGACUAUCUCAUACACGAGUUGGUUGUCGACGUGCUUCGUCUCAAUGGAGACCAGGUCGGGAUGGAGCAUGAUUUCUUUGCUCUUGGCGGCGACUCCGUGAAGGCAAUGCAAUUCGUCAGCCGGGCCCGCAAGGCUGGUAUCGAGCUCACAGUCAAGCAUGUCUUUGGAUCAUCACAACUUAGUGAACUCUCCAGAAUUGCCGCCGACCUGGAACGGACCCCGUCUGCGGAACUUUACCAGCUUGAGCCGUUUGCAUUGGUCGACGCCUAUUCCAAGCCUAUUCUCAUUGCCGCAGCAAAAGAGCAAUGCCGAGUGGAGGAAGACCAGAUUGAAGACAUCUAUCCCUGCACACCGCUUCAGGAAGGCAUGAUGGCACUGUCUGCUGCAAAACCUGGGGCAUAUAUAGCUCGCUUCGUCUAUCGAUUGCAACCGCAUGUCAACCCUGCUCGGGUUCGUCAAUCAUGGGAAGCAGUCGUGCAGGCCUGUCCCAUCCUGCGGACAAGAAUCGUGUCGGGCCCCGAUGGGGGCAUGUUUCAGGUGGUUCUUCAUGAGAAUUUUCAGUGGGACGAGUACGGUGACAGUGCUGGAGCAACAAAGGAAUCGUAUAUGAAGAAGCGCCAGACUGAACCUCUCAUGCUUGGGGAUCCUCUAGUACAUGCUGCGCUUCUCCCCGGUUCAACCUCGAACAGUCAUACUGGAAGCGACUCAGCGGUAUACUUCAUUAUUACCAUGCAUCACUCAGUUUGCGACCGGUGGGCGUCUCGGUUGCUGAUGGACUUAUUAGAGAAGGCGCAUGACGGUCAGGAACUGGCUCAUAGCCCUAUGACCCCUUUCAUGCAUUACAUGCAGCAACGACUUGCCGAUUCUUGCACCCGGGGCUUCUGGGAAAAACAAUUCCAAUGCCUCGGAGCGGAGGUGUUUCCUGCUCUACCAUCGCCGGGCUAUGCUCCCAUACCCCGGGAUAGUUGCCAACGCUCAAUCGUAUACCAAAAGGAUGCCCCCAGUGGAUAUACCAUUUCCAACGUCCUUCGACUAGCAUGGGCGCUGGUAAUCAGUCACCAUACUUCGUUGCCUGAUGUGGUCUUUGGGGUCACAGUGUCGGGUCGCGCUGCACCCGUCGCCAAUAUCGGACAGAUGAUCGCGCCUAUUGUCGCGACAGUGCCUCUGCGUGUACAACUCAAUCCCACCGACACCGUCCUGGAUGCCUUGUCAGCCGUCCAGAAACAGUCGACUGAGAUGAUCCCUUUUGAGCAGUUUGGCUUGCAGCGAAUUCGGAAAUUGAGCAGCGACGCCGCUGAUGCGUGCAGCUACCAGAGUCAGCUAGUUGUACAGCCCGUCUGGGCAGAUGAACAACGUCCGCUUCUUACAACUCUGGAAGCCGGCGCAGCAGUUGCGGGUGGAUUUGCCAGCUGUGCUCUGUCUGUUGUAUGUAACCUGACAGCAUCACGGCAGGUGGACGUUGCCUUGGAGUUCGAUCCUCUCGUGAUUUCCGCCUCAGCAGCAGACCGCAUCCUGCGUCACUUCGAGCAGGUUGUUCAGGUUUUCCUGGCCGAUCCCCAAUGCUCCCUUGCCAAUGUGCCCUUGCUUAGCGCAGCAGAUGUGACCCAAUUGCAACAAUGGAGUGGCAAUCUAACCGCCGUUGAUCCUCAAUGUGUGCAUUCCAUCAUCAAGCAGCGCUGCGUUGAAUAUCCCACGUCGACUGCGAUUUGGGCCUGGGAUGGGACGCUAUCGUAUACAGAGCUGGAUCGACUCUCAGACAGCUUAGCAGCUGAGCUAGCGACCUCGUAUGACAUUCACCCGGAGGUAAUCGUCCCCAUCUGUAUGGAACGGUCUCGAUGGACUACGGUCGCCAUUCUGGGAGUGAUCAAGGCGGGCGGUGCUUUUACCCUUCUUGAUCCAUCCCAACCGCAGGCUCGACUGGAGAACAUCUGCCAUCGCGUCAAUGCCACUAUUGUUUUGACCUCUCAGGAGAACAUCAAAGCGGCGCAGCAGCUAGCCACUAUAGCGCUGAUUAUAGAUGAGCAAAACUCGCACAGUUGGCCGUCUGAUCCGACCAUUCCCACCAUCCCUGGGAAGCCCAAUUCCAUGCUAUAUGUUGCCUUCACGUCGGGUUCAACGGGUACUCCGAAAGGCGUGGUGAUUGAGCAUCAGUCCUUCUGCGCCAGUGCCCUGGCAUUGAACGACACCACCCAAGUGACUCGCCAUUCUCGCUUACUGCAGUUCGCCGGAUAUUCGUUCGAUGGUAGCAUCAUGGAGACAUUAAGUGCGCUCAUGGCUGGCUCAUGCCUGUGUGUGCCCUCAGAUUUCCAGCGACGCAAUGAACUGGCGUCGGCCACCAAGGAGUUCUGCUUGACGCAUGCUCACCUCACUCCUUCUUUAGCUCGACAUGUUCUGCGCGAUCACCCGGACUUUACAAAAGUACUAGUCAGCGUCGGGGAGACUUUGACGCCAUCAGAUGUAGCCGACUGGGCCAGCAGCAACCCUCGAUGCCGCGUGAUGAAUGGGUAUGGACCCGCCGAGUGUGCGGUCUCGACAACCAUUCAGCCACUCAUCACUACCGAGUCAAGCCCGCAGAACAUCGGCUUCCCUCUGGAUCACGAGAUCUUGUUGCCAAUCGGUGCUGUCGGUGAGCUCCUGGUGGAGGGGCCCACGGUAGCCCGAGGAUAUCUCAACGAUCCUAAUCAGUCAGCCACCGCCUUUAUAUCUUCUCCCCCACCUUGGAUGCGCAUGAUCCGUCCGCACGGCCCACAUGGUAGGGUUUACAAAACUGGAGAUCUCGUGCGCUACAACAGCGAUGGGUCCCUACAGUAUGUAGGUCGUCGGGACUCCCAGGUCAAGCUUCGAGGACAACGCAUUGAACUUGGCGAGGUUGAGAAGCAUGUCAGGCAAUGCUGGCCCGGUCUUUCAGGUGUUGCUGUCGAGAUGGUCACUUUCACGACACCGUCGGCCCCCGCCCAGAAACUGAUUGGCUUUGUUGUGGCGGAUACUUCCAAUGAGACAAGCUCUCCCUCCGUUCACCUCAGCGGGGACUUGCUGCUGACGACUCCUCCCCCGUCCUUCGAAGCACAGGCAGCAGCAGCUCACAGUAGACUCUGUGACUGCAUGCCGCGAUUCAUGGUUCCGGAAGUUUUCCUCCCUGUCCGUGCGCUUCCUCAGAGUGCUGCAGGCAAGCUGGACCGACGUCGACUGCGGAACUUGGCUCAGACCUGCCCUGAUGAGCAGCUGGCGCUAUACCGUAGCGAUGUCAUCAAACAUAAGAGAGCUCCCGGUUCUGACUCGGAGCGCUCAAUGCAAGCUGUUUGGAGUCAUGUCUUGAAUCGUCCUGUGGAGGAGAUCGGAGUGGAUGAUAACUUCUACCAUCUUGGAGGCGAUUCGAUCACGGCCAUGCAGAUCGUUGCCCAGGCCCGAGCUAAGGGCCUCGCAGUCUCUUUGAAUGAGAUUAUGCGACACAAGACGAUUUCGCAGAUUGUGCUCAACAUUGCCUCGUCCAACCCGAUGCUGCACCACCAAGGACAAGAGGAAGAACUAGACGUCGAGUUUCCCUUGUCCCCAAUUCAGCAAAUGUUCAUGAGUCACCAGGCACAGAGAGGAGGAUGGAAUCGGUUCAACCAGACGUUCUUACUACGUCUCGCCCAGCCCAUCUCUCUAGACCAGCUGCGUCAAGCCACUGACACGGUCCUUGCCAGACAUUCAAUGCUCCGAGCGCGGUUUUCUCGCUCACCGGAUGGCCACUGGACUCAGAGAAUUACAAGUCUAUCUAGAGUUCAUGAUCAAAAUGACCAUUGCCCUUGCACAGCCCAUGACGUCCACAGUCAUUCCCACAUGAACAAAAUAACCGUGGCCACCUCACAGACUAUCAACAUUGAAACAGGACCGCUGGUGGCAAUCAAUUUGUUCAAUGCGCUUGACGAUGCAUCGCAGCAUCUGUUUCUUGUUGUUCACCACCUGGUGGUUGAUCUAGUCUCGUGGCGCAUUAUCCUCGCCGAUUUUGAGUCGAUCCUCAAAGGCGAGACUCUGCCUAACAUACAGGAUUCCAUUUCGUUCCAGGCGUGGUCUCGGAUUCAGUCUCACCAUGCCGAGCAGAUGCUGACUCCCAAGGUCGCAUUACCCAUUGAUCUGCCGCCCACAUAUCAUGAGGAUCCCAGGGCCUUCUGGUUUGCUUCACCAGACCAGCCAAACCGUAUCAUGGAUACCCAGCUGCGCACCUUCACUUUGACUGAAAAUGCCACUCGGCUGUUGUUGGGUGCUGCUAAUCGCACAUUCGACACCCAGCCUGUCGAGGUUCUGCAUGCUGCCCUGCUACACGCCUUCCUCCAAGCAUUUCCCGACCGUGCUACCCCGGUUUCGUUCAGUGAAAGCCAUGGAAGGGAGGCCUGGGAUCCAGCAAUCAAUCUUGCUCAAACCGUUGGCUGGUUUACAGUAGCGUGGCCUGUUGUUGUUCCCGAGCUGGAGCAGUUUGCCCGGGAUAAUCUUUCGGACGCCAUCCGCCGUGUCAAGGAUGCUCGUCGCGCCGUCCCCUCGAAAGGCUGGGCUUAUUUUGCCUCUCGCUACCUCCACCCCGACGGCCGCAAAGCCUUCCAAACGGACCAUCCCAUGGAGCUAAUUUUUAACUACGCUGGUGAAUUUCAACAGUUGGAGCACGCCGAUGCCCUAUUCAUUGCUGAGUCGCACGAGGCUCAGGGAGCCCUGCAUGCCGGGGAGGACAUUCAGCGGUUCGGCGUCUUCGAAGUGUUUGCCUCAGUGCAGCGAGGUCGUCUCCAGGUCCAGUUCAUGUAUCCGCGCGAGGUCCAACACCAGGACAUGAUUGAUGCAUGGAUCGCACUAUACCAGCAAACACUGGAGGAUGCUGGAUCUCACUUGGUAGCAGCUUCGCAGGCGUCAGACCACAUAUCACACACCCUGGCUGAUUUCCCACUGAUGUCAUCCUUGACGUAUCUUCAGUUGAAGGAACUGUUACAAAGCACACUUCCUAGUUUGGGGAUAUCCAUGGACAACGUUGAGGACAUAUAUCCCUGCUCACCCAGCCAGCGCGGAAUGCUUAUCGCUCAGGCCAAGAAGGCAAACAACUACAAUGCGAGCGUGACAUGGCAAAUCCAGCCUCGUGACAAUGCAACUUCUGGGAAGCUUAAUUUUCAACGGCUCUAUGACGCCUGUUGUCAGGUCAUUCAACGACAUGCCGCUUUGCGCACGGUGUUUGUGGACAGCACGUCUCCAGAGUCAUACAUGGACCAGGUGGUUCUGCGUCAUGUCCGCCCGGAAACUGUUAUCAAGCAGUCUGUGAUAUUGGCAUCCGACCAACUCCCGGCGGGAAAGCCUGGGGGCUGGCCCAAGGGGCAAUUGAUGCACCAAUUUCACCUCUGUCGGGUAAAGUAUGACACGGACGAACAGAUUCUCCUUCGCCUCGACAUGAGCCACACCAUCAUGGACCGCACCACAAUGCAGAUUAUUGAACGUGAUAUAUGCCUAGCCUACGAUGGGAAGUUACCCACUGGGCCUGGCCCUGCCUACAGUGAAUAUGUGGCCUAUAUUAACCGUCAGGACCACGAGGCUGCUACGCGCUAUUGGCAACAAUACCUUGAGGGCGUCGAGCCAUGCGAAUUUCCCAGUAUCAACCCUGAUGCGCGUGAACCUGGCAUGAAGGAAGAAUGGGGCCAUGUUUCCUGCACAUUGAAGGACAGCACUCUGGGAGAAAGCUCCGUCGACAGCUUCUGCCGGCAGCACAACGUGACCAUCUGGAACCUGGCAGGCCUGGCAUGGGCUCUUGUCCUUCGCAGUUUCACAAACUCGGACAAUGUAUGCUUUGGCUAUGUCAAGUCUGGUCGAGACCUUCCCAUUGACGGGAUUGUGGAUGCAGUGGGUGCUAUCCUGAAUCCCCUGACCUGCAGGAUCACCUUGGACCAGAACGCCACCGUCGAGGAGACGAUUCACCAGCUCCAGGAUGAGUAUCUGCAGAGCCUUCAGCACCAGUCUUUCGCGCUAUCAGAUGUGCAUCGACUUGCUGGUAUUACAAGCGGAGCACUCUUCAACACCUCGGUCGGUGUCCAGACAGGGCAGAUUGCCUCGGAGGGCGAGAGAGUCUUGAAUUUUAACACAAUGGCCAUGGAGGAUGGCGCUGAGGAUGAUCUCGUCGUCGGUAUUACGCCCAACACUGACCAGCUUGUUCUCAACCUUCGCUACAAGACAACUGUGCUCUCUGACUUCCAGGCUUCAAGUGUGAUUGCCACCUUUGAGAAGGCCAUCCGCUCCAUUAUCACAACCAGCGGCGACGCCCCAGCCACUGCAGUGGAUAUCUUCAGUGAGCAUGAUCAUAAUUUGAUCUGGGCGCGAAACCAGGUUGUUCCUCCUUUGGUGGAGGCAUGUGUGCACGACAUCAUACAUCAGCGCUGUCUGGAAUACCCGGACAGCGAGGCUGCGUGCGACACCGAAGGAUCGCUCAGCUAUCGCGAACUAGAUGAGCUUUCGACCCGUCUGGCACGGUAUCUCACCAACGAAUGUGGAGGUAUUGCGCCCAAUGAGGUGGUCCCCAUCUGCCUGGAGAAGUCUCGCUGGACUCCCGUCGCCAUGGUGGGAGUGCUCAAGGCCGGUGGAACUCUGUUACUGCUGGAGACGUCGUAUCCUCAGCAACGCCGAAAGGAGAUUUGCGAUGAGGUCCAUGCCCGCAUCGUGGUGACCUCGCCGACCCAUGUGGCCGAUAGCAGAGAGCUUGCACCGACAGUUGUUCUGCUAGGUACAGACGAUUUGGCAUGGGCCCAGCGGACUCAGCAGAGCGAGGAGGUCUCCCUUCCCGUGGUUGAGCCGCAUCACUCGCUGUAUGUUGUGUUCACGUCAGGAUCCACGGGCAAACCUAAAGGAUUAGUGGUCGGACAUGGCUCUUACUGUAGUGAUGCUCGCGAUCACAUCGCAGCCUGGCAGCUCACACGACAUUCGCGUGUGACACAGUUCUCCUCCUACGCAUUCGACAUGAGCAUCCUCGAGCAGCUAAGUGUUCUCAUGGCCGGGGCUUGUGUCUGUGUGGUGACCGACGAACAGCGCAAAAACAACUUCGGCGAAGUGGCCCUUGCACUUAAAGCCAACUUUGCUAUGCUGGUUCCCUCUGUCGCCCGCCUGUUUGGUCCUGAGGAUCUGCCCACUAUCAAUAGCCUUAUGUUGGCCGGCGAAUGCAUGACUGAGACCGAUGUCUCCACUUGGGCGCCUCUUGUAACACUUAUCAAUGGCUACGGGCCCGCUGAAUGCUCCGCACUAUCUGUCGUUCAAUCCUCAAUAUCUCCCACCAGCGAUCCCCGGAACGUGGGAUAUCCCAUUGGGUGUGUGCUCUGGGUAGUUGAUCCACAUGAUCACAAUCGCCUGGUCCCUCACGGCGCCACUGGUGAACUGCUGAUUGAAGGCCCAAUUGUUGGCAAGGGCUACAUUAACCAGCCUGAGAAGACUACACAGGCCUUUAUCAACACCCCCUCAUGGCUGCGAGCUCUGCGUCCUGCGCAGCAGACAGCCGGUCGUCUUUAUAAGACUGGAGACUUAGUCCGUUCCAACCCUGAUGGAUCGCUGACGGUUAUUGGCCGCAAGGACAGACAAAUUAAACUUCGCGGGCAACGCCUGGAGCUGGCCGAAGUCGAGGUCCAUGUGCUUCGAUGCUUUGGGGGCGCUGCUCGAGAUGCCGUGGCUGAGAUGAUUGCACCAGCGGGCACCACUAAAUCGCAACUUGUCGCCUUGGUUCUACAGCCAGAAGAUCAAAUUAGCAGCGAGGAAGAGUGUUCUACUUCACUGAACGAUACAUUCGCAGUUGCUAGCAAGGAGUUCGCUUCCCAGGUCGCUGCGGUGGAGGUCAGACUGCGUCAGGCGGUUCCUGAAUUCAUGGUGCCAGCCAUCUUUCUCCCUCUCCGGCAGAUGCCUCGCACACAUUCCGGUAAAGUGGACCGCAUUCGCCUCCACAAUCUUGUGGCAUCCAUGCCUUUGGAUCAGCUGCAGGGAUAUCGCGCCCUCUCCUGGUCGUCUGCUUCGGCCCAAGCGUCCAACAGUGAUCCCCCAUCGACACCAGCGGAACGUACAGUAGCAGACAUCUGGGCUCAGGUGCUCGAUCUGCCAGUCGACACUAUCAGCCCGAACGACAACUUUUUCCUCCGUGGCGGUCACUCUAUUGAUGCCAUGAAGGCGGCUGCUCUUGGUCGUGCUGCGGGUCUGAGUUUCACUGUUGCCGAUAUUUUUGCCCAUCCCAUCCUCGCAGAUCUCGCGAGGGAGGCCGUUCCCAAACUGGUCAAUGGCAACAGCCGCUCUAGUAAGAGUAGAGCCUUGAGCAGGCCAUUCUCGUUGGCCUCUGUCGAUAAUGGACAGUCAUUGCAUGCGCAAAUGUGUGCCAAGGGCCGCAUCCCCAGGAACAGUACCUUGGAAGAUUUCCUGCCCGCGACGCAGGCACAAUUCUUCUUCAUUGAGCGAAAAACAUAUCACUCGUACAACUGGACCAUUAAGGGCGGCUCAGUGAACAUGGAUCGCCUUCGCGCCGCCUGUCAAGCUCUGCUCGACCGCUAUAGCAUCCUUCGUACCAGUUUCGUGCAGUACGAGGGACGUCUCAUGCAGAUGGUCCUGGGCAAUGUUGACGCUGAGAUCCGCGAGUACCAUUGUGCGGAUGGACAGGAGCCAUUGGAUCUCUGUCGAGUUCUCUGGGAGAGUAUUGAACUCCCCCAGCUGAACGAUAUGGAGGGUUCGUUGCCUGUCAAGUUCUCUCUCAUCUCAGCGCCCCAGCAAGUGGUUCUUACGAUUCAGAUCUCGCAUGCGCAAUGGGAUGGAGUUUCCAUUCCUAACUUAUUUGGUGAUUUUGCUGCUCUCUACAACCAAAUCGCCUUGCCACCUACGUCGGACUUUUCUCAGUACAUCUACCAUCGCACGGCGCCUUCUGAAGAAGCCAAAUAUCAGGAUCCAACCUUCCAAUUUUGGCGUGAAUAUCUGAAAGACGCGACGAUGGCUACGCCGUUCCCACCACCGCCACUUACUCUCUGUGCUGGGCAGUCGCACCAGACUUUGUGGACUUUCAAGGGCAUUUCGCCUCCGCCAUCGCUGCCCGCCGGCGUCACCAUGGCUACACUUGUCAAAUCCGCGAGCGCCUUCUUCCUCGCGCAUCACCUCAGAUCAAGAGACGUCGUUUUCGGACACACAGUCAACGGUCGUAAUCUUCCCAUGAACAACAUCGAAUCCAUGCUGGGAUGUUGCCUCAAUUUUAUUCCCCUGCGGAUCACCUUCCCCGAAUCUUUUGCUGAGUGGACAGUUUUGGAUCUCAUGAACCAUGCCCAAAGCCAAUACAUCCGUGCACUCGCUCAUGAGCAUGUGGAGCUUCGCGAUAUCUUCCAACAAAGUACGAGCUGGCCUGCGGAAAUGCCGCUAAGCUUCAUCGUACAACAUCAGAACAUUGACCUGAGUUACCGACUUCCAUUGCGCGGAUCGGUCAGCAAUGGCGUGAGCAAAGCUGAUGCCCAUGGUGAAGAUGCGGAUGAUCUCCUUGACGUCUGCUUCUCGAGAUUCGCAGUCUUUGAUCCAUUGGAAGAGGUGUGGGUGUUUACGGAACCGCAUCCGGACCGUCUGGAGGUGCAGGUGUGUGCCAACAGUCGAGUGCUGCCUCAAGCCCAGGCUACGGCGUUGUCGAGCGGGAUUUGCAGUAUUAUUGAGCAGUUUGCUGCUAACCCAAGUAUGAGGCUGGCCGAUGUUACAUUUUGA